AUGACAGCCGGGACGGUGGUCAUCACCGGAGGCAUCUUGGCGACUGUGAUCCUGCUCUGCAUCGUCGCCGUCCUGUGCUACUGCCGGCUGCAGUACUACUGCUGCAAGAGGGACCAGGAGGACCCGGAGGAGGACGAGGAGCCGGACUUCGCGGUGCACCCGAGCCUGCCCCCGCUGCACUCCGGCCGCAGCCUGGUGCUGACCAACGGGCCCGCGCUCCACCCGGCGGCCGCCCCCGCCUUCGGCCAGAAGUCCCCGCAGGCCCGCGCCCUCUGCCGCAGCUGCUCCCACCACGAGCCGCCCGCCUUCUUCCUGCAGGAGCCGGAGGACGGCGGCAUGCGCAACGGCGGGCAGCGCGUGGCCUACCAGAGCCUCGGCCAGGACGACCUGGAGCUGCCGCCUGGGACCUUCGCGGGCCUGCAGGCGCUCAACCCCAACCGCCUGUCCGCCAUGCGGGAGGCCUUCUCCCGGAGCCGCAGCAUCAGCACCGACGUCUGA